AUGAAUAAUAAAACCUCAAAUGGUGAUAUCACCAAUGAUGAACCAACAGUUGGUUCAAAGAGAUCAUGGACAGAUGUAAAUUAUAAAUUUUGUGAAGAUAAAGAGAAACAAGUUGUUGAAGAAAUUCAAACUGAAACAUCUUGGGCUGAUGUCGAUUGGGAUAGUGUUAGAGAAUCUAUUGCAAAAUCAAUUACAGAAAAAGAAACAGAUAUAAUUGGUGAAGAGGAUAAAAUUCAUCAUGAAGAUAAUGCAAUGGAUUAUUGGGAUAAAUUUUAUAAAAAGAAUCAAAAUAAAUUCUUUAAAGAUAGAACUUAUUUACAUUUAGAAUUUCCAGAAUUAAAUCCAUUAAAAAUUACAAGAGAUGAAACUUUUAUAUUUUUUGAAGAUGAUGAUGCUGCUGCUGAAGGUGCAGAGAAUGGUGGUGGUGGUGGUGGUAGUGAUAAUUUAUAUCAAGAUAAAGAUGAUUUAGAAAAACAAGAAAAAGAAAGAGAGAAAAAGAUGGCAAAUUUAUUAUCUAAAAAUGUUGAUAUUAAAGAAUUGAAAAAUCGAUGGGUUAAAGAUAUUCAAGAGUUAACAAAUGAUGAGAGUAAGAAAUUAACAGUGUUGGAGAUUGGUUGUGGUACAGGUGCAACUGUUUAUCCAUUAUUAAAAUUAAAUCCUGAAAAGUAUUUCUAUGUUUUCGAUUUCUCACCACAUGCUGUCAAUUUAGUUAAAUCAAAUUCACUCUACAAUGAAGCCAAAUUAAAUGCAUUCGUUUGUGAUAUUGCAACUGAACAAAUUCCAACUUCAAUAGUUAAAGAUAAUUCAAUAGAUAUGAUGUUAAUGAUUUUCGUUUUAUCUGCAAUCUCUAGAGAUAAAAUGCAUGCUGUUGCAAAUUCAUUAUUUAAAUCAUUAAAACCAGGUGGUGUAUUAUAUAUUAGAGAUUAUGGGUUAUAUGAUAUGACACAAUUAAGAUUCAUUUCAAAAAAAGGUAAAAAGAUUGAUGAAAACUUUUAUUUACGUGCAGAUGGCACUAGAACUUAUUUCUUUACAACUCAAGUAUUAAGUGAAAUAUUUGAAGCUGCUGGUUUUAAAACUUUGGUUUCAAAAUAUGAUACAAGAGAAUUAAGAAAUAGAAAAAGAAUGAUUUCAAUGUAUAGAGUUUGGGUUAGAGGUAAAUUUAUGAAACCUUUAGAUAAUGAAAAUACUGAAAAUAAUAGUAAGAUUUUAUCAAUUUAUAAUGAUCCAAUAAAUAAUAAUAAUAAUAAUAAUAAUAAUAAUAAUAAUAAUAAUAAUAAUACUACUACAACUACUUCAACCACCACCACAAAUUAA